GUAAAUUGUGAACGACAAACAUAGAAGAAGAUAAAAACUGAAACUCGUACACUUAUACUAAAUUUAAAAACAAAUUGCAAACUUAAUUUUAAUUAGUCUACUAUAUGAUACACUAAAUAUUCGACAUAAAAUGGAGUUGCGGAUUGCGCGCAGCAAUUACAAUUGGAACGACCAUCCAGCUGGACAGCCACAGGUGGAGGAAGAGGUCUACGUGCAGUUUGUCAACACAACAAAUCAUACCGUCAAUUUGUUCUGGACUUCCGACAUUAAUGCGGAGUACAUUCAAUAUACAUUGAAGCCAAAGCACAAAGUGCCCGUAAAUACUUUCAAUACACACAUUUGGUUCUUUCGCGAAUACUACACGGGCGAACACAUGCAUGUGCGAAGGAAACGAUUGUUUUACCCUGUGCGCAUACGCAUACCCAGAAAUCCACAGCAACCAGAAGAAUUGCGCGAUGUGCGAAGUGAAAUAUUGAUACACCUUCCAUUGCGAACACUCAAAGAGAUGUGCCUGUGCUGGAUUGCCAAGCGUCUAAAUCGUAAGUUGGCCAAGGAGCCACGGCAAUACAUCGAUGGCUAUAUGAUUCCCACAACGCUGAAGGAGGAGUUGCUCGCCAAGCUGACAACCAUCGAGGCUUACACGCAGGAGUUCAGGCGUCAGGGCGUCAUGAAUCAGCUCAGGAGAGAUAGCGCCAACUCCCGGCCGUAGUUCAUUGGCCAUCAUCAUCAAUUUAGUUAUAGCCACACAUUAUUUGAAGAGGGAAAGAAGAAGAAGCCUGCCUGUCUUCACUUAAAAAUAAUUGAAUAAGAAAAGGUUUUGAUAGAUUUUUGUAAGUUUAAGUUUUCUUUUUUACUUAUGUACAAAUUGGCUUGCAUAUAUGCGUUCAUAUAUAUUUUCUACAAUUGCAUUGUUUUUUUUUUGUGUAAUUUAUCAUAUAACAGAAUACUUACAAUUAAUGUAUGUUUAUUUGUAUAUGCUUAUAUGAAUCUAAGUAAACAACUGAAUAACGCUGACGGAUGAAAUACAUACACACAUAUAUAUAUAUA